AUGGCGAGCUGCAGGCUGUUCGGCGUUCUGGCGCGCUGCUCCCGCGCCAACGCGAGUUCCGCUUUCAAAUGCACAGGUUUGCAACAAUCAACGAGAACACUAGCAACUGAAGCAAAUAAGAAAUAUUUUAAAUACAAAACCGUUGGCGAUGUAGCAGUUAUCACCAUAGAUUCACCAAAUGCCAAAGUAAAUACCUUAAACAAGGAACUAAUGGCGGAGAUAGCAGAAUUACUGAAUGAAAUUCAAUCGAAUACUCUUGUCAAUGCAGCGGUAUUAAUUAGUGGAAAACCAGAUAAUUUCAUAGUUGGUGCAGACAUUACUUGGUUACAAACUAUUCCGGAUGCAGAAGCUGGUUAUCAGAUAGCGAAAGAGGGUCACAGAAUUCUGGAUCUAAUAGCGAAUAGUAAAAAGCCAAUUGUCGCUGCUAUUCACGGUCCGUGUCUCGGUGGAGGAUUAGAGGUCGCAUUAGCGUGUCAUUAUAGACUAGCCGUUAAUGAUAAGCGAACUAAAUUAGGAUUACCGGAAGUAAUGCUGGGACUCCUUCCUGGCGGCGGUGGUACUCAGCGCCUGCCUCAACUAAUUUCCCUUCCUACUGCUUUGGAUGCAGUACUCACUGGUAAAAAUAUUCAACCGGACAAAGCGAAGAAACUUGGCCUAGUAGAUAUCCUUGUAAACCGCCUUGGACCGGGAAUCCGAUCGCCCGAAGAAAAUACGAUGAGAUACCUAGAAGAAACCGCAGUGAAAGCCGCGCAGGAUCUCGCAAACGGAAGAUUGAAAGUUGAACGCGGUCCGAAAUCUCUUAUAGACAAGAUAAUGCAACAGAUUUUAUCCAUCAACUUUGUUAAGGAUCAGGUGUUUAAGAAAGCGAAGGGGCAAGUGAUGAAAAUGACGAAUGGUUUGUAUCCAGCUCCGCUUAAAAUUCUAGAAGUAGUGAGGGUCGGUCUGGAUAAGGGUCCUUCUGCCGGAUUUGAUGCUGAGGCCAAGGGAUUCGGUCAGCUAGCGGUUACUCCGGAGUGUAAAGGUCUUACCAGUUUGUUCUUUGGCCAGACAGCAUGCAAGAAAAAUCGUUUUGGGCCACCUAAGAGUGCAGUCAAAAAAAUUGCUGUAAUUGGAGCUGGUUUAAUGGGCGCAGGUAUCGUCCAGGUCAGUAUCGACAAAGGCUUCAAUGUCGUUAUAAAGGAUACCAACGAUGCUGGAUUAUAUCGCGGCGUAAAUCAGAUUCAAAAGGGCCUAGAUGGCGCUGUGAAGCGUAAACGAAUCUCUAAUAUCGAAAAGGACAAAUAUUUUUCCCACCUCGACGCGACAUUAAAUUACAAUUCCUUCAAGGAUACAGACGUAGUGAUCGAGGCUGUCUUCGAGGACAUCGGUAUCAAGCACAGAGUCCUGAAGGAAAUUGAAGCAGUGGUGCCGAAUCAUUGUGUCAUCGCGACCAACACGUCCGCUAUUCCUAUCACAAAAAUUGCUGCUGGUAGCAGCCGUCCUGACAAAGUGAUCGGAAUGCACUACUUCUCUCCUGUCGACAAAAUGCAAUUGUUAGAAAUUUUAACACACAAAGGAACAUCGGAAGAGACAAUCAAAACCGCUAUAGAUGUUGGUUUGAAACAGGGUAAGACCGUCAUCACAGUCGGUGAUUGUCCUGGAUUUUACACCUCAAGAAUACUUUCCUGUAUGAUGACAGAAGCAAUUAGGCUAAUGCAGGAAGGUGUAGAUCCAGUGCAGUUGGACAAAUUAACAAAGAAAUUCGGCUUCCCUGUCGGCACAGCCACUUUGUCCGACGAAGUUGGCAUUGAUGUAGGUUCUCACAUCGGUGCCGACCUCUUGAAGGCUUAUGGUGAGCGCUUUAAGGGAGGAGACACAAAUAUUCUCACCGAUAUGGUUAAAGCUGGUUUCCUCGGACGCAAGUCAGGCAAAGGUAUAUUUGUGUACGAAACUGGCUCCAAACAUAGAGAUGUAAAUCCUGGUGCAGUGGACAUUCUGAAAAACUAUAUACUCGAACCUAAGGGUAGCACGUCUGACGAGGAUCGUCAGAUGAGGCUGGUUUCGCGAUUCAUCAACGAAGCUGUAUUGUGCUUGGAAGAAAAUAUUUUAGCUAGUCCCUUGGAGGGCGAUGUGGGAGCUGUGUUCGGCCUGGGCUUCCCGCCAUUCUCAGGUGGUCCAUUCCGUUGGGUAGAUGCAUACGGUGCCCAUCGACUCGUUAAGAAGAUGGAAGAAUUCCAAACUCACUACGGCGACUCUUUCAAACCGUGCCAAUUAUUACGCGAUAUGGCGACUGAUUCUAAGCGAAAAUUCUAUCCGAAGUAAAAGUUCGAUAUAAAUCCAUUAUCAGCAUGUCUUCAUGUUAACUAAUGUUCAUCCGAGAACUGUAUUAUAUUUGUUCGCUUGAGGCUUAGAGAAAGAAAGCAAGCACCUCGAAAUAGGUGCAAAGAUUAAACGUAUGUUAGCCUGGAAUUCAGAUUAGAGUUUGUAUUUGUUACAUCUCGAGUAUAUUAAUUUGUUGAAAGUUACUUUGUGCUCCUAAUUGAAAGAAUGUUUAUCAUCUUCUAUUCAUCAAAGAGAUAUUUUUUUAGUCAUUGUAAUAGAAUAAACAAUUUACAAGCGAAUUUAUAUGUAUCUUAAUCAUAGGACUACACUACAUUUUUGUAAAUCACAUUUUGCGAAUCACAUUUGGCUUGGUUCUUUCAGAGCGUGAAUCUUUUUUAGCCGCGAAUAAUUUUAACUUCUGGUGGAAAUGUACAUAUAUUUUUGAAUGAAUUAUUUUCUAACAAAAUACCAAAUA